CUAGGUGCUCUUCGAAAGAGAAUCAUAACUGGUUCAUUUGACCCAUCGUUCUAUUCAACGAAUAAAGACAAUUAUGAUACCAUAUCAUUUUCUCCAUUAGACAAAGAUCCCGAAAAUCGUGAUGCAUUUAUCAAUGGUAUUCUACCAAGGGUUUUGGAAGAUUUUUCAAGGAAAUUGGUAUACGGGUUCUUUCAUCCAUAUUGCAAUGCAGGUGGUGGUGGUGAACGAGUUUUAUGGGAAACAGUUAAAGUGGUUUUAAACGAAGAUCCCAAAAACCUUGUUGUUGUCUAUACUGGGGAUGACAGUCCUCCUUCCGAAAUACUAUCCAAUGUUUCAAAAAGAUUCAAUGUGAAGUUAGAGAACAGAAGAAUUGUAUUUAUUUAUUUAACUAAAAGGUAUCUUGUUGAUACUGACUACUGGAAACACUUGACUUUGUUGGGUCAAGCUUAUGGUUCUAUUCGUUUGGUAUUGGAAGCAAUUAAUGCCUUGCCCUGUGAUAUUUUCAUUGACACCAUGGGGUUCCCUUUUACUUAUUUUUUUGUUUCUUUAAUUUUGAAAAUUCCAAUUCUUUCGUAUACUCAUUAUCCUAUUAUUUCAAAUGAUAUGCUAAACAAAUUGAAUAUUAGUGAACAUAAAACCAAUCCCAAAAUAAUUUUGAAAUACAUUUAUUGGAAUGUGUUUAUGAUUUUAUAUACAUUUUGUGGAACUUUUAUAUCGGUUCCAUUAACAAACUCAACAUGGACAUAUAAUCAUAUCAAAAGUAUUUGGUGUUCAAAUGAAUCAGAAGAGUAUGAGUUGGUUGAUUUUGAGCCAAAACUGUCAUCAUCAUCACCAUCAACAACAAGGGAUAAUAUUUUCUUAUCAAUUGCCCAAUUUCGUCCAGAAAAAAGACAUGAUUUAACAAUUCGAGAAUUUUCCGUGUUUUUAAAACUAAAAUAUGAUGAAAACGAAAUUGCAAGUUUAGAUGUCAAUGACAAGGAAACUCCCAAAUUGGUGUUAAUUGGGUCAAUUAGGAACGAGGAUGAUAGAAAAUUUGUUGAUAAUCUAAUCGAGUUAUCUCAAGAACUAAAAAUCAAUAGGCUUGUCAAAUUUCUAUUGGAUAUCUCAUACUCUGAAGUGUUGGAAUAUUUAAACAAGUCAUCAUUCGGAAUCAACGCAAUGUGGAAUGAACAUUUUGGUAUAGCAGUCGUUGAAUACUUGGCAAAUGGAUUGAUUCCAAUUGUCCAUGCCUCAGCUGGACCUUAUUUAGAUAUCUGUAUACCGUGGAAUAGAUUCACCCACGAGAAAGGAGUGGAUAAGCCCUUUAUGAGAACUGGGUUUUUUUUCAAAUCCGAGCUAGAUCCUGAUUUUCAUAUUGAUUCGAAUGCCAAAGAGAAAAAAAAGAGCACAGCACCAAAAUUUAAUAAAUUGAGUGCGGUUAUGUUGGAAGCAUUUAAUACAAAUGAAGCAGAAAAGGAAAAAAUGAGACAAAGAGGAAGAGAUUUGGCGUACUACAGAUUUUCAAAUGAGAAAUAUGAUCAAGUUAUACGGGAAAAAUUGGAAAUUAUCAAUAAA